AUGGCGCCGCCGACGAAGAUCGAGGACGACAGCGACGACGAUGCCCCGCUCGCGAAUCGCGUGAAGACGGAAUCGUCCACGCCGAAACGUGCGUCCCCGCCAGCGCGGAUGGGGUUUAAAUUCAUUCAUUCUCUCGCGGUCCCGGUUCGAUCGCGGCGUCGACGCGCGGAUCCGCGAUCGACGAUCGCCGCGACGAUCGUCCGCGGCGUCGCGCGCGUCGUCCGCGUCGUCGCGCGCGCGCGAUCCCGCGCGCGCGCGGCGCUCGUUCGCUCCCCGCGUCGCCGUCGUCAUCCCGCGAGCGCGCGUCCGCGUCCUCGACGUCCGUCCCCCCUCCCCCACCCCCGAUCUGGCGCCGUCCGCUCACCCACCCCCCGCCCCCACCGACCCGACGACGUCGCAGCCAAGAAGACGGACAAGGACGGGAAGAAGAAAAAGAAAAAGAAGAACAAGCCGAAGCCGAAGCCGAGCGGCGGGAACGGCGGCGCGGCGGUGAAGGCGGAGAAGAAGACAUACGAGCUCCCCGGGCAGAAGCGCGACACCCCGGACGAGGCGGACUCUCUGCGGAAAUUCUACGUCUCGCUGCGGACGCAAAAACCCGAGAGCGAGAUGGCGGAGACGUGGCUCAUGGAGCACGGUUUACUACCGGAGGAGGAGGCGAAGAAGGCGUACAAGAAGUGGUUGGCGAAGCGCGGGCGGAACGGCCCGCCCGCGAAGAAGAGCGGCGGCGGCGGCGGCGGAUCUUCGCGGCCGAAGAGCGCGAGCGGCGGCGGCGAAAAGAAGAAGAAGAAGAAAGCCUCCAAGCCGUCUAAUAAGCCCAAGUCGCUGUCGGGGAUGAAAAGGAAGGCGACGACGGUCGUGGACGACGACGACGACGAGGAUAUCCCGCUCGCGGCGCUCAAGUCCGGCGGCGGCGGCGGCGGGUUCAAGAUACCGAAGAAGGAGGGAGGGGCGACGCCGAUCAAGGCGGAGUGA